CGGCCGGAAGGGAAGGCGGAAGCGGCGGGAGCGACCCCCGGCGGCAGAGCGGAGGCUGGCCUGGCGUAGCCCGUCGGCACCGCCCCUUCCCGCACGACGGGCCGGCCAGGCCGGUGAGGCGCGCCUGCCGGGCCGCCAUGGCGCUCAUCGAGGGCGUGGGCGACGAAGUGACGGCGCUCUUCGGGCUGCUGUCGGCGCUGCUGGUGCUGCUGCUCGCCUGGCUCUCGACGCGCACCGUGGAGCGAGCGGACCCCGCCGCCCGGCCCCUGGCCCCGGAGCAGCCGCGGGGAGGAGAGGCGGCGGCGCUGCUGGGCGAGCAGGGCGGGCAGGGCCAGCCGUCCGCGGGGGCCGCCUCGGAGGGGCCGGGCGGCGCUUCUGGCGACCUCCGGCACAGGACAGGCCUCAGCUCCCCGGAGCAGCCCUCGCCGCCCCCGGGAGGCCUCAGCCCAGAGGCCGCCUCCCCAGCAGACCACGGCAUCGUCCUCCGGCUGAAGUUCCUGAACGACACGGAGCGCCUGGCCCGCGUGCGCCCCGAGGACACCGUGGGCGCGCUUAAGAGGGCCCACUUCCCCGGCCAGGAGCGGCUGGUGCGCCUCAUCUACCAGGGACAACUGCUCCGCGACGACGCGCAGCCGCUGGCCGCCCUGCACCUGGCCCACCACAGCGUGCUGCACUGCCACCUGCCGCCGCCCGGCGCCCCGCCGCCCGCCCCGCCCGCCUCCGCCGCCCGCCCGGAGGCCGCGCUGCAGGUGGGCGGGCUGAUGGUGCCGCUCUUCGCGCUGCUGCUGGGCGCGCUGUGGCUGCUGCAGCUGCACUACCGCCACGUCUUCACCGCCGCCGCCACCAGCGCCCUGGCCGGCCUCACCCUCCUCUUCAGCCUCGUGGCCUUCGCCGUCUACCGCAGAUAGCGC